AUGGCUGACCGUCUCUCCCAAGUUGCUGGCCAUCUCACAAACACGUACGGUCGCGGUCUCCUGGCAGGCCAAGUGGCCAUCGUUACUGGCGCUGCUCAGGGCAUAGGGAGAAGUACCGCACUCCUUUUCGCAAAGGAGGGUGCCAAGGUCGUCGUCACCGACUUGGACCAACAGAAGGCGCAAACAGUCGUCGACGAGAUAAAGCGGGCCGGGGGAGAUGCACUAGCUGUCAGCGGCGAUGUCAGUGCAGAUGACUUCCCCCAGAAGGUCAUUGACGCCACGAUCAAAAAGUAUGGGAAAAUCAACCAUAUAGUAAACAAUGCCGGGUUUACCUACGAUCGCAUGCUGCACACUACACCGGACGACGCGUUCGACAUCAUACAAAAGGUGCAUGUCCGCGCUCCGUUCAGGCUCAUUCGUGCCGCUGCGCCAUAUAUGCGCAUCAAGGGCAACACGGAGAACCGCUCAAUCGUCAACGUGUCUUCAACAUCAGGCCUGCACGGGAAUGUCGGUCAGGCUAAUUACUCGGCUGCCAAGUCCGCGGUCAUUGGCUUGACGAAGACCAUUUGCAAGGAAUGGGGCGUAUUCGGUGUAAGGGCAAACGUCGUCGCCUUCGGCUAUGUGCAAACCAGGUUAACAGCUGCGAAAGAAGAAGGCGCUACCAUUGAGAUUGACGGCAAGAAGGUUGCUCUCGGGAUCCCGAAAGGGGCCACCGCUGUCACAGGCGGAGGAGGAGCACCCGUGAAUCCCCUCGGAAGAGGAGCAACCCCAGACGAAGCCGCGGCAGCCGUACUUUUCCUUGUAUCGCCACUCGCGUCAUUCGUUUCUGGCCAUACCCUCGAGGUUACCGGCGGCGCCGGCAUUUGA